AUGAACUUCGGAUUCAGCGGCAUCGACGAGCUGAACGGGCUGGACAAUGCCCUCAUUGAAGAAAUCGAAAAGGAGACCAAGGGUGCCGGUGACAACAAGCGAAAAUUUGAUAUCUACGAUGAGUAUGAAUUGUUGUUAAAUAAAAAAAAAAAAAAAAAAAAAAACGAGCAUCUGGAAAAAAACGCAAGUUUAGCAGCCAAGGCCAACCUUGAGCAACAGACCACACUCAUAAAUUCAAUCACAGGAUCGCCCUUUAAUAGAGAAUUCCAGAACUACUAUAUUUUCAAUGACUACCGUUUUGUCAGGGAGUAUGUUUAUAAGAACAACUUAACUUCGGACGAUAUAUUUUUUAAGGCAGAACAACUGGAAUCUAGAUGCAGGACGGAAUGUGCCAAAUUAGCUAGCACCAAUGAAGACAUCGAUGAAUACCUUAAGAUUUACGACUGCAAUGACAUUUACCCUCCUGUGUAUGUGAAGAAGUUGGGUUGUCAGGGAAAGCAUGUAGGAAGAAACUACAUGCCAAAUCUGGGGGAUGAUACGCAGGAACAACAACAAGGUGGUGGAACCUGGAUGACCACUUCCUUCCUCAAACGAAACAAGGAAGAGUUCAGAAUAACGCUGGAAAAGGUUCUAAAGGAAAUUAAAGAGGAGGACCAGAAGCGGAAGGAGAACAGAGAAAAUAAGCCAACGGAAUUGGGGGGAGUCUACCAAGAUGAGGAAACAAUGGGAAAAACGGUGAGGCCACAAACGUCUAUCAGUUUUGUGGAAAAGUACAGGGCAAAAUAUUUCUCCGAACUUUUGACAGACGAAACAAUCAACAGGGAAGUUCUCCUGUGGAUGAAGCAGUGGACCGAGCGAAUAGCCAAAGGGUCAGCGAACAUGGCAUCCACACAGGGAAAUGAUAAGAACGAGGAAGAGGAAAACAAGAAAAGUAGCGAAUUUCAACGAAUCUUACUUCUGGGUGGGUCAGCAGGAAAGGGGAAAACAACUUUAGCAUACGUGAUAGCGAACCAUUUUAAAUUCAACGUAAUUGAAAUUAAUGGAAGUGAUGACAGGAAUAAGGAAACGCUGAUCCCACUACUAGAAUCCAUCGUGUGUAACAACUCCAUAGGUUCUAAACCAAACAUGUGCAUCAUAGAUGAAAUUGACGGCAUGACGAGCACGCAACAAAACAUAGAAGCGGUUAUGAAGUUUCUAACGAAGAAGGACAGGAGAAAUAGGAGCAUCAUCAAGAGACCAAUAAUUUGUAUCUGCAACGAUAUUUAUCACAAGAGUUUAAAGGAACUCCGAAAGAUAAGUAAAGUCGUUGUGGUGGAUAGUGUCAAUUACGAAACGUUGAAGGGGCGCAUCCAUUUUAUCUGUGAUCGGGAGGGCAUCAGCAUAGGCAACGAUACGGUUAGCAAGUUGGUGGAGAUUUGCAAGGGGGAUAUUCGGGCUAUUCUAAAUACGGUGUGUUUCCUCAGCAUCGGGGGCGGGAGCACUUCCAAUGGGGGUACGAAUGGCAGCGCGUCUGUUAUCGGUCAAAGGACACACAAGCAGAGACGCAAGGUAGUAAUCACCAUGGACCUACUCAACGCAUACCUCUUCUACAAAGACGCAAACAACAACUACAUGGAGCUUCUUAACAUGAUAUAUGUGAAGAACAAAAAUAAAAAAAUGAUCAAACAGUUGCUACAGGAGUGUUACCAAUUCUUCCACCUUAAUUUGUCGAAUGAAUACAACUACCUUCAAACCUAUUACUACGUGUACGACAACCUCAUGAAUAUACCUUUCAACGAUUUCGAUUUUUGUAAGUUGAGUUACUCUUUGGAUUUCCUCUCUUUCUGUGAUAAUAUGGAAUAUAGGCAGAAACAAAAUUUCAAUUACUCCAUGCACAAGAUGUUGUUUUACGCUGUCUACCUUUUCAUCCUCAUUAUUCAUCUGAAUAUUAAUUCGCAUGUCCAGUAUAUUCUCGUUCAUAACAGCCACAGUAACUAUAACCGUACGAAACAACUAAGCGUGAAACAGAUCAAGGAAAACUUUUUAAAUGAAAAAUUCGGAGCCAUAACUUAUAAGUAUAUCUACUCCAAACAGUUCUUCUUUGAAACCAUCAAUUAUAUUUUCUCCUUCUUCUACAUGAAUGAAUUCUUCUACAGAAAUGUCCACCUGUGGGGAACGGCUAGCUAUUUCAACGACUUGGAUGCCCCCAAGUAUUCCCUUGUUCCAUACCAUUUUAAUAACGUUAACAAAUUGAAGUUGUUCUGCUUGAAGUUGCUUCACGUGAUGACACUUUUUAAUAUUUCAUUCACUAACGUGUCUAUGUCGUCUUCAUCACUGGGACCUUUUCAUUUUGGUCCGCACAGAGGUAAUCAGCCCUUUCGGGGGGCACCAGCAGGGGGUAACCCUACCGGUGGUAACCAUGUUGGCAUGAACAAUGCCAGUGGUAACCAUGUAGACGGUAAUCAUGUCCGUAUGAACAAUGCCAGUGGUAAUCAUGUUGGUGGUAACAGAAGCUCCCUGGGCGAGGCCGACAAGGUGUACGUCUUCGACCCGUACGUGGACGACUUCCUCCUCUACGCCGAGAAGAAGGAAACAGGCUACAGGCAAUUCCACCAGAUAGGCAAGCCCCCCAUGGCCACCUCGACGAUGCUCACCCCUCACGCCAACACCUUUCACUUCCAAACCUUGGAUAACCUCCUCAACAACACCGUCUGCGAAAAAUUAAAUCAAUUGAAGAAGUGGAUUAACAACCAGUCAGUUUACUAUUCUGACAAGAAAAAACAACCGAACCAGAUGCAUAUUAUUAAGGCUUCCUCCUCCAAGACAAACAAAGGAAAGUUCGAAGUUAACUAUUCUCCCAACUUUGACAAAUCUCUGACUGAUAUAAUUUUAAUUGCACAGCAGAAGGGGUAUCAGAAGGCAUUUUCUAUUUAUUUUCCAAAUGAGCUAGCUGAAGAUGGUGGUGUGGGUUUUACUUCUGGAAAGUUAGAUGCAAAAACGGGUUCAACGGAUAAACAGGCAAAAGGAGGAGGCGCAAAUGCAUUCGCACUUGUAUCGGGGGCCAAGAACUUCAAAAAUGAGCAGAACAUUUUGAAGACCAAAAUUUUACACAACACGGGAGAUGCUGCCCUCACCAUCGCCGACCUCAUCAAAGAAGAAAAGAUUUACAUGGAUCGCAACAUCAACAAAGAUAAGAAGAUUUAUUUCACGGGGAAGUACGUCAAGACCAAGGGCUAUUACAAGAACAUCGAGGAGCGAUGCAAUGCCGUUCUUCAGCCCCUCCACUUUUGCGUCUUCCAGGGGAACUAG